AUGAAAUUCAUGAGUAAAGAUGAAGAUGAAUUUAGUUGUCCCUAUCAGCAAGCAAUUGGGUCAUUGUUAUAUGUGGCACAAGGAACUCCAGAUAUAUGCUUUGCAGUUAAUACAUUAAGUAGAUUUAAUAAAAAACCAAAUAGAGAGCACUGUUAUUGUGAUGCAGAUUGGGCCAGUGAUCUGCGCGACCGAAAGUCGUGCUCUGGUUAUUUAUUUAUGUUACAGGGUGGUGCAAUAUCUUGGCGGUCACAAAAACAACAGACAGUCGCUCUGUCAACUGCAGAGGCGGAGUACAUGGCGAUGUCUUCUGCAGCGCAAGAGGUAUUAUGGCUGCAGCAGUUACAUGAGGAGCUUGCUGUACAGCUGAACAACCCCUUUAUCAUCUACAGUGACAACCAGAGCGCAAUUAAAUUGACUACUAAUGAUUGUUAUCUACCUCGAUCAAAAAAUAUUGAUAUACGCUAUCAUUUUCUGAAGAGUCAUGUAAAUAAUCUAAAAAUUAAAUUUUUGUAUAUAAAGGUGAGGAAAUGA